GGAUGAUGAUUUUCUUUUUUUCUCUUCUUUAAAUUAAUCCUACAAAUUCCAUUUUCAUUAACUGAGUUUUAAGUUUUGUCCCCUACGAGCUUUUAGAACUAAGGCCAAUUUGAUUUUUAAAACUAUUUUAGUUUUUAAAAGUUUGUUAUUGUUUUUGAAAUUUGGCUCUUGUAUUUAAAAAUAAUGCUUCCCAUUGUAGGAGAAAAUAAAAGUUUUGAAUUUCUAAAGAUGACACUUUGAUCUUUGAAUUUUGGAAAAAUUACCCUUUUUAGUCCUUAAAUUUUUAAGAAUGUAUUUAGUCCUUAAAAAAAUAAUUUAAAGGAUGAUAUGGUCUUUAAAAAUUCCUCUUCUUAUUUAAAAUAUCAUAUAAUUAUUUAUGUUAAAAAUAUAAAAUUAUUUUAGAGAUCUUUUAAACCUAGUUUUAAAAAGUCCAAGGCUUGAGAAGAUAUGUCUUGAAAAUUUGAAAAUCAAAUGAGUUUCAGAUUGAAAAGGUAAAUUUUCCCGAGAAGAAAAAUUAUUCCAUAAAAUAUACGUGUCACAUAAUCCUACAAUAUUUCCGAUCUGCCCAUUACCAAUAACUUUUCUAACUUUUCCUACAAAGACAAAUCUCCAUCCUUUCUUAUUUGAGAUUCAAAAAGAUCAUAACAAGAAGAGGUACCUGUGAAUGAAUGGCCAUUGUUUCCUGAGAACACGAACCCCCUCCUCCUUCAAGCUCUUUAUGUUUGCACAUUAUGAGCCACAAGCUUUGAUCCAACGAGCAUUUUCAGCCUUGUGCAUCGACAGCGAUUUGAACAAAAGCCACUGUGUGUAAAAGAUUGGAUUGUUUGGGGUGUGAUAGCAAUGGAUAGAAGAGUUCAGAUUCAGCUUCUGGACGCCAAGUUUCCCAGAUUUCACUGGUUUUCCAGUUGCAACCAGCAUAACUUUUCAGAUGAUGCAUUAAUGAUCACUUUAAUCUAAAUCAGUUCUUGAGAGGUAGCUGAACAAUCAAGCUCCUCUCCUAUGAAUCAUGGAACAUUAUUAUGAAACUCAAGCAAAUGGAGAAGCAUCUGGUCAUGAUUUCCAAAACUGUGGAUACUCUUCUUAUUCAUUAUCUAACAUUCACAUGUCAUCACCCUCGUUUGAUUUAAGAGUCUUCUACAUUAGGUUCAGUAACUUCCAAGUCGAUGAUUUGACCCCCGAGUUUCUCACUUUGAACCACUUCCCUCUAAUGCCGAACACCCAUUUGGAUGUUAAUGGUGUUAGAAGCAGCAAUUACUCUGAAGGCUUUUCUUCAGUUCUCAAGAGAGACAGAGUCCACAAGAACUCGGAAGAAGCAACAUUUGUGAGCACUCAUACCAUUAGGUUAAAGAGGGGUUUGAAGUUUGAGGUUUUCAAUGGAGAUUAUCAAAUUCUAUCUGGGGAAUUGUCUCAUAAGGGGUGCAUUGGAGACUCGAAGAGCAAUUCUAAGAAAAGAUGGAGCAUGAACUGUGAAUCUGGUUUUGUUUCCGAUGCUGUGUUUUUGAAGGGAAAGCUCAUUCCAGGACAGGCAUUGAUUAGUCCAACAAUUGAGGUAUACAUUGCUGGUAGUUUUUCUGGAAACCCUAUCGUCUUAACGAAAACUCUGCAACUCAACUUUUGGAAGAAGCACAGUUAUAAACGGAUGUUGGAUUCAAUACCAGAGCAUGAUACUACUGAAUGCGACGAAGAUUCAUAUCCUGUAUAUGAUCCACAAGUAUCAAAGUACAGAAAUUACAGAGAAGAAAAUGAAGAUGACUAUGGCAACAUGUACUGGAGAACCAACUACAUGGAAAGAGAAGAUGGCGAACUAUCCUGGUUCAACUCAGGUGUGAGAGUUGGAGUAGGAAUUGGACUUGGUAUUUGCUUGGGAAUUGGUGUGGGAGUUGGCUUGCUCGUGCGUACUUACCAGGCAACUAGUCGAACCCUGAGAAGGCAGCUUAUGUGACAUGAUUUCUUCUACAAUAUUUCAAUUGAUUCACUUGUCCUUGACCUUGAGAUUCAGAAAGUAGGCAAAAAUGGUUUGUCAAUAAUAUGCAUCUCUAACAGCAGUGAAACCUUGUGAAGAUAACAUUGUGUCCUAGCAUGUUUAUUUCAAACCAUGUGUAUAGAAGCUCGGCUAAUAUCAUUUCUUUAUCAAAUGACUAGAUCACUCUUGGCUUCUUGUGAAUAA